ACUUAUUUACUUUAUUGUUAUGUCUUUCUUUUGUUAAUUGUCACUUGUUCCAAACCACCCUUCCAGAAAUCCCGCACGCUCCGACCUGCUCUAGUUAUGGCAACGCCGUCCAUGUCUCGGGGGCAGCUUGCGUUUGAUGAAUUUGGUAGACCUUUCAUCAUACUUCGCGACCAGGAAAAAAAAAAAAGACUUACUGGGAUUGAAGCACACAAAUCUCAUAUCCUAGCAGCUAGAUCUGUCGCCGACACUCUCCGCACUAGCUUGGGCCCUAAAGGUCUGGACAAAUUGCUUGUGAGUCCAGACGGAGAUAUCACGGCGACGAAUGAUGGCAGAACUAUUCUCGAAAAAAUGGAUGUCGAACAUGAAAUCGCCAAGUUGCUCGUUGAGCUAAGCCGCUCUCAGGAUGAUGAGGUCGGCGAUGGAACUACUGGGGUUGUAGUCCUUGCGGGUGCUCUUCUUGAACAGGCUGAGCAAUUGCUAGACCGUGGGAUACAUCCCAUCCGUAUUUCCGAUGGUUAUGAAAUGGCUGCCAGAACGUGUCUUACG